ACCGUGAAACAUCAAGCAAAGUUAUACAAUUAAUUAUUGUGAAUUGUUAUUAAACGCUGUUAUUAAACAUAAUAAUCAUCUGCAAAAAUUACAAGAUUAAUUGCGAUCAUCAGCUAUAAAGCGAAAAAAAAGUAUCAACCGCAAUGCAAUUGUUAUAACGAGCGACGACAUCAAGUCACAUUUUACGGUAAAUUGAGUCUGGAACUAUUAAAUGCAAAGAAGCGUCGAUAAUAAUAACGACAGCAACUGCAACCGGACAACGAUCGAGAGAAAAACGAGUAAUUGUAAACCACAAGAACUAAUGGUUAUGUCUCCUGGCAGACAGUUAUCAUCUCCCGGAGUUGCAUCGUACCCAAGUAAUAUGAAUUUGGGUUCCUUACAUCAGUCACAGAUUCAGUUAGCGUCGCAAAUGCACCAAAAACUGUCGGGUUUAACGCCAAAUCACAUGAGCAACUUUUUCAAAAGUCCCUCGACAUCGCCGAAUCCCACCACCACAAACACGUCAAGCACGGACCGCAACAUGACAAACAAUCAACAACAGAGCUCACAAUCAUCCUCCAAAAGUACUGCUAGUGAUCCAAAUCCCCUGAAUCGACUCCAAAACAUGCAACCAUUUGACUUUAGGAAAUUAGGAUUAGGCAGUUUUGCACGCAUGAGUCCCGAUACGCAUGACGCCGCCUCCGAUGCACGGCGUCAACCAUCGUCACGCGAGUCCCGCAGCGAACACGAAGCUGCCAUCAACAACCACGCGACAAAUCUUAUGAAUUUAUCGCUUGCAGCUGGCGGGCAUCCGGGACUUCCGUUUUCGUUGCCGCCCUCGAUGUCACUCGCAAACCCCUUGAAUCAUUCGGCAGCUGCGAUGGCUGUUAUGGCGGGACAUCCGCUCGCCGCAAGUUUAGUUGCUCAAUCAUUCCCCAAUCUCCUGGCGAGCCAUCGGGAAUUUCAACAACGCAGCAAAUCGCCGAUGAUGCAUCGCACAAAAUCCCCCGAAAAAUUGUCAGCUGAAAAGUUGCGUGAAAUGGAUCACGCUCUCAAUCUUACACGUGAACCUCCAAGUACUUCAGCAUCGCGCCAAUCGCGUUACAAUCCAUCAUCAUCCUCGAACAGACCGCAAUUUCCCGCGAUGAAUGGACAAGGCUCACGGAAAUCACAUUCCCCGAACAAGAGAAAUUGGGGAAGUUUACCGCCAAAUUUGGGCACACAAUUUAUUAAUCCAGCAACUGGCAAAAAACGCGUGCAAUGUAACGUUUGUUUGAAGACUUUCUGCGAUAAAGGAGCUCUGAAGAUUCAUUUCUCCGCCGUUCACUUGAGAGAAAUGCACAAAUGCUCCGUCGAAGGUUGCAGUAUGAUGUUUAGUUCACGUCGUUCUCGCAAUCGUCAUAGCGCGAAUCCAAAUCCAAAAUUACAUUCGCCCCAUUUGAGACGCAAAAUCUCGCCGCACGACGGAAGAAGUGCCCAACCUCAUCCAAUGCUUUUGCCUCCUCCGCCUGGCAUGGGAUUAGGAGCUGGUAUGAAUCCGUUGCAUGCGUUUGCUGGAUUCCCCAUGAUGGGACACCCGAAUGACUUGAGACACUCGCAAAUGUCAGCGAUGGAUAUCAAGGCACAAUUCGAUUUGCACAGACUGGAAAAGGAACGCAGAAUCAGCAAAUACAACGAGGAUCAAUUAUCGACGAAGGACAGUGAACGCUCAGCUGACGACGGACAAGAUAUUAGCGACGAUGAUGAGGGACAUUUAAUUGUUGGAGACGACUCGAUGUCGGGCUCCGAAGAAUUCAACAUGUCACGAUCGAUUCCCGAUCUCGAUGUCAGCGAAACAAACGAAGAACCACAAGACUUUAGCACAACGUCAUCCUCUUCCGCGAACCGUAAACACCCAAAAAUGUCAAUUUCCUCCGAAGGCGAUGACAAUGUCAGCGACAGUAACGAAGACUCGAUCUCGACGUGCGAACAACAACCCGAAUCGCACAUGGAAGUUGCCCAAAAUGUCAGUAAACGCAAACGGAAGAGCAUGAAUCCGACAAAAUGUGCAAUUCCACGCAACAAUGAGAACACCUCGGAUAACGAAAAUGCCGCGAAUGAGGAAGCACAACCGCUGAUCAAGAAGGCACGUUCAAUGGGACCUGAAGACGAUGAUCGUAUGUCGUCGCGUGCAUCAACAUCGCCUGCACCCUUGAUUAAAAAGGAAAAAUUCGAAGAAGAUGAAGACGAACCAGAAAAUUUAUCACUCGAUUUGUCACGUAAAUCCUCAACGCCCAAUGGCAAAGAUAAAAAUGCCAACGAAAAGUAUCCCCGUUACACGAUCGACGUAAAAUCACCCGAACAACUCUUGGAAAAUCCCGAAAAGCGAAUCAAAGAAGAACGCCCUUCGUCUGCUGGCAGCAAAAAAGGUUUGGAAGCAACUCUUGAUACAGCAACAGCAUUAAAACGCUUGGAAAAUCUCUCAAAAGGAAAUUUCAACGAUGCUAUGACUCGUAAUGCUUUACUUGGACCCCAAUUUCCCCCCUUGAGCUACUUGAUGAACGUUGCUCCGCCAUCUCCGGAUCACUCGCGUCCCUCAUCUACGGAAGAAACGGCGCAUCAUGACGGAAAUGAGUCAGAUAACAGCGAACGUUGCUGCGAAGAUCGACAUAUCGUCGAAGCAACCGACGAUGACAAAGAAGGCGGACACAAAAAAUGCACCGCAUGUGGCAAACAAUUCCAAAAUCAUUUCGGUGUCAAGUCACAUUACCAAGACGAACACUUGAAAUUGAACCACAAAUGCGAUAUCGAUGGAUGUAAUGCUGCGUUUCCCUCGAAACGUAGUCGCGAUCGUCAUAGCUCCAACUUGAACUUGCAUCGUAAAUUGUUGUCGACGAGCAGUGAUAACAAUACGUCAUCCAAUUUCGAUGCAAAAUUCCAAUUUCCUCCGUUCGUGGGAAAUGCCUUGCAAACGGAGUUUUUGGCACGCUUGUAUGCCGAUUCGCAAUCGUUGCCCCUCAACUUGGAGGCGUUCAAGAACUUGCCGAAUGCCACGGCGUUCGAACAACUCUUCAAUGGAAGCCAAAGAUUCCCGCCAUCGCAGAAUCCCUUUCUCUUUCCGCAACUUAGUAACUUGACUGGUUUUUCGGGUCUUCCAAAUUUUGCCUCUAACUUGCUGCCUCACUCGCUGAACGGCUUUGGAGCUGCGCUUGGAGCCAACAGUGGGCGUGUUUCGUCGCGUUCCGACUCUCCCAUGUCUGCGUGCUCGCCAAACAUUCAAUCGAAUAUUCCGUCGCCCGUAUCGCAACACAUUGAGGACGAUCGACGCUCCGACGAGGGCAAAGCUACUGAUGCACUCUCAUCAUGACCAUAUCGAUUGGGGACAAAACUCUUAAAUUAAAAUGUAAAUAACAUUUUUCGGUAAUUAAAUAACAAUUAAAAGAAUAUUUAGACAAUUAAA